AUGUCGGACGCAGUCAACGAAAUCACGGAACAGGUCGCCAAGACCUACUUGGACGAUGUCACCGGUGAGUACGUCUCCAAGUCGGAAUUGAAGAAGAGACAAAAGACCAGACAAAUUGAGGCCAAGAAGGCCGAAAAGGCUAAGGCCAACGUUAACAAGCAGCCAAAGAAGAAGGACAUCAUGGCCGACUUGAACCCUAACCAAUACUUCGACAUCAGAUCGCGUCAGAUUGAGGAGUACAGAAAGGCAAACUUGGCCGACCCAAGUGCCUUCAAUCCUUACCCACACAAGUUCCACAGAAGCUUGACGGUUCCAGAGUUCGCUGCCAAGUACGAGUCCUUGAAGAGAGGUGAGACUCUUCCAGAUGUGGAGGUCAAGAUCACCGGUAGAAUCAUGACAAAGAGAGAGUCUGGUUCCAAGUUGAGAUUCUAUGUUUUGAAGGGUGAUGGUGUCCAGAUCCAAAUUAUGGCUCAGGCCCAGGAUGCCGAGUCGUUGGAGAUUUACGAGAAGGAGCACGACAACUUGAGAAGAGGUGACAUCAUCGGUGUCACUGGUUACCCAGGUAGAACCUCGCCAGCCAAGGGUGGUGAGGGCGAAGUUUCUGUGUUUGCUACUUCCAUCCAGUUGUUGACUCCAUGUUUGCACAUGUUGCCAACUGAGCACUACGGUUUCAAGGACCAGGAGGCUAGAUACAGAAAGCGUUACUUGGACUUGAUCGUCAACGACAGCGUUAGAGACCGUUUCAAGGUGAGAUCUGCCAUCAUUUCUUACAUCCGUAGAUUCUUGGACAAUAGAGAUUUCAUUGAGGUUGAAACUCCAAUCUUGAACGUGAUUGCUGGUGGUGCCACCGCUAAGCCUUUCACCACCCACCACAACGACUUGGACAUGCAGAUGUUCAUGAGAAUCGCUCCUGAGUUGUUCUUGAAGGAGUUGGUUGUUGGUGGUAUGGACAGAGUUUACGAGAUUGGUCGUCAGUUCAGAAACGAGGGUAUCGAUAUGACUCACAACCCAGAGUUCACUACUUGUGAGUUCUAUCAGGCCUACGCUGAUGUUUACGACUUGAUGGACAUGACUGAAUUGAUGUUCUCUGAGAUGGUCAAGGAGAUUACUGGUGACUACAAGAUCAAGUACCACCCUGACGGACCAGAGGGCGAGGAAUUGACCUUGGACUUCUCCAGACCAUGGAAGAGAAUCAAUAUGAUCGAGGAGUUGGAGAAGGUCUACAAUGUCAAGUUCCCACCUGGAGACGAGUUGCACACCGAGGAGACCGGUAAGUUCUUGAAGCAGAUCUUGAUCGACAACAAGCUCGACUGUACUCCUCCAUUGACCAACGCCAGAAUGUUGGACAAGUUGGUUGGUGAGCUUGAGGAUGCCUCUAUCAACCCAACCUUCAUCUUUGGCCACCCACAGAUGAUGUCGCCAUUGGCCAAGAGAGACAGAGAGAUUCCAGGUUUGUGUGAGAGAUUCGAGGUUUUCGUUGCCACCAAGGAGAUCUGUAACGCUUACACUGAGUUGAACGAUCCAUUUGACCAGAGAGCUAGAUUCGAGGAGCAGGCCAGACAGAAGGCCCAGGGUGAUGACGAGGCCCAGAUGGUGGACGAAACUUUCUGUAACGCCUUGGAGUACGGUUUGCCUCCAACUGCCGGUUGGGGUUGUGGUAUCGACAGAAUUGCUAUGUUCUUGACCAACUCCAACACUAUUAGAGAGGUGUUGUUGUUCCCAACCUUGAAGCCAGAUGCUUUGGUGAAGGGUGAGGACACCACUUCUGCC